UCAGAGCGAGCCCAGGCUCAGCCAGCUCCGGCGGACGGGCGGGCGCUGGAGCGCAGCGCAGCCCUAUCGGUCCGCCGAGUGGACUGAGCUGGAAGACGCGCGCCGCGGAGCGAGGCGGGUGAUGGGGGCAGGUGCCGCCGGCCGCGCAAUGGACGGGCCACGCCUGCUGCUGCUGCUCCUGGGGGUGUCCCUCAGCAGUGCCAAGGAGGCAUGCCCCACGGGCCUGUACACCCACAGUGGGGAGUGCUGCAAAGCCUGCAACCUGGGCGAGGGCAUGGCCCAGCCUUGUGGAGCCAACCAGACAGUGUGUGAGCCCUGCUUGGACAGCGUGACGUUCUCAGACGUGGUGAGCGCCACCGAGCCGUGCAAGCCGUGCACCGAAUGCGUGGGGCUGCAGAGCAUGUCAGCGCCCUGCGUGGAGGCGGACGACGCCGUGUGCCGCUGCGCCUACGGCUACUACCAGGACGAGACAACUGGUCGCUGCGAGACGUGUCGCGUGUGCGAGGCAGGCUCGGGCCUGGUGUUCUCGUGCCAGGACAAGCAGAACACCGUGUGCGAGGAGUGCCCCGAUGGCACAUACUCCGACGAGGCCAACCACGUGGACCCGUGCCUGCCCUGUACCGUGUGUGAGGACACCGAGCGGCAGCUGCGCGAGUGUACGCGCUGGGCCGACGCCGAGUGCGAGGAGAUCCCGGGCCGUUGGAUGACACGGGCCACGCCCCCGGAGGGCUCAGACAGCCCAGCCCCCAGCACCCAGGAGCCCGACGGACCUCCAGAGCUAGAACUCGGAGCCAGCACGGUGGCAGAUGUGGUGACCACAGUGAUGGGCAGCUCCCAGCCCGUGGUGACCCGAGGAACCACGGACAACCUCAUCCCUGUCUACUGCUCCAUCCUGGCCGCUGUGGUGGUGGGCCUUGUGGCCUACAUCGCCUUCAAGAGGUGGAACAGCUGCAAGCAGAACAAGCAGGGAGCCAACAGCCGGCCCGUGAACCAGACACCCCCACCCGAGGGAGAAAAGCUCCACAGCGACAGCGGCAUCUCUGUGGACAGCCAGAGCCUGCAUGACCAGCAGCCCCACACGCAGACGGCCGCAGGCCAGGCCCUCAAGGGUGACGGAGGCCUCUACAGCAGCCUGCCCCCGGCCAAGCGGGAGGAGGUGGAGAAGCUGCUCAACGGCUCCGCGGGGGACACCUGGCGGCACCUGGCGGGCGAGCUGGGCUACCAGCCCGAGCACAUAGACUCCUUCACCCGCGAGGCCUGCCCGGUCCGCGCCCUGCUCACCAGCUGGGCCGCCCAGGACAGCGCGACGCUCGACGCCCUCCUGGCCGCCCUGCGCCGCAUCCAGCGCGCCGACAUCGUGGAGAGCCUGUGCAGCGAGUCCACGGCCACAUCCCCCGUGUGAGCCCACCAGGGAGUCCCCGCCCUGCCCCCACAUUCCGACGCCUGACGCCGCUCCAGCCAACCCCUGGGCAGGGCUCCGGAGCCCGGGCCCCCGGACCACAGCCCUCCCUGCUCCCCAUGUGGUCCCUUCUCUCCGGGUCACGCGCCCUCUUCUGGGAGCCGGUGCCCUGCUGUCUCCCCCACCCACCCCUGCCCCUGCCCCAUCUCCCCCUCAGGCUUUCUACUCCCUUCUUCCCAUGUCCCCGGGCAGGCCAGCCCCCUCCCACCUUAGCAGCUGUUGUAACCGGGGGGCUGACACCCGAGAUGGUGUUGGGAGAUGGCGACAAGGCCCCGGAGACUCGGAGGGAGGGGCUGAGGAACCAGAGCUGCAGACUUGCCACUGUGAACUUGGGGGACUUGGGAGCAUCAUAGGGCUGGAGCCCCCACGGCUCCUUCGCUGCCACCCCCUUGGCGUGAGAGGAGGCUGGAGCUGGAAGGGAAAUUUGAAAACUGUGCCUCUUCCUUCGCCUUAUAUACAGGAUGUGAGGCCCAGAAAGGCAGUGACUAGCCCAAAGCCACCCAGCUCUGUGGAGGCCAAGGGUGGGCUGGCCCCCUCCUCUCGGAACGAGGGGCUGAAACCUCAGGUUGGUUGGAGGGUUGGGGGAGGGGGCAGGCGACUCCCCGGAAAGUGUCUCAGUGUCUGGAAGCCAAGUCUGCUCCGCCCUCCUUCGUCUCCUGGCCUGUCGAGCCCCCUGCAGACACGGGAUGUUUUGCCCAAGGCCUGGGCCAUUAAUCCAUCGUGAUCCGAGUCAGGUGUGGGAUUUGCGGAAAGGGGCGCUGCUUCCCUCAGGCAUGUUGGAGGGGCAUCCAUGCCAGAGAAAGGACUGGUGUGCUGUGUCCCCAGGGCCAACACGGGCAGCAUCUUUCCCUAAAAUCAUCCCUGGGGGUCAGUGACCAAGGAGCCCACCCCCACCCCCAACUCCUGCAACACACACAUGCUGGAUGGGAAAUCUUGCUCUCCUCCAAGAGUUCCUUCUCUGGGGCUGAGGCCGGAUCCUGCCCAGGGCAGCUGCCAGGGAAGCAUCGGAGGGAGUUGAGCUCUGUGUGCUGUCUCCUCGCCCCCGGGUUUAGCGGGCCAAGGACUGCUGAAGCUUGAGCUGGCGUCUGUCUUCCAAGGGCCUGCACGUGGAGGAAUGCCCUCCCCCCACCCCAUCCUCCCCUGCCCUGCGAGCAGUUUGGCGGGGCCCGAAGGCUCAUUCCAGUUGAGCUGAAGAAAAGCGGACAAGAGCAGGAAUGCAGCCAGAGGGACCUGAGUGGGGCUGUAUCCUGCCCAGGGUCGCUCCAGAGUCUGGAGGGCCCCACAAAGGCUAGUUUUUCCCCUAGCUUGGUUCCAGAAAGGGGCCAUGAGGUCUCAGUGGCGUUCCCACUCCCUCCUGGCCAGCUCUGUUGCCUUUGAUGUUGGAAGCAGUGUGCCUCCCCCGCUGCUUAGCAUGAAUGAGCCCGGGGGGGAGGGUACGCUGACAACUGCCCUCCCCCUCCCCGACCUGUGUAAGGGACUAGGAGCGUCAUAUGUGGAUGGCUUUCUUUGACCUCAGUGUGUGGCAGGAGGAGGGAACCCACGUGUGGCCCCUCGUCUGUGGACCUAGGGGAUGACACAGUGUCUGGGUGUAUUUAUUUUCCUCUCCAGCGGUUGGGGAGGAUGGGAAGGGGGUUGUAGGGGGCGGGUUUGCAAGUAUGUUUUAGCAUGUGUUUGGUUCCGGGGUCCCUCUUGCCUCCCUUUGGGCUGAGAUGGAACCCUUUGCUCUACCGGCUGGGGGCGGCAAGCUCCAGACCCCUCGUCACCCUCCCUGACACGUUCCAGUUGCAUCCUGUGUAAUCAUUUCUUGGGCCCUCCUGAAACCUACACAUAAAACAUAAAUGAUGAACAUUAAAUAGCAAAGAAAGAAAAAUCA